AUGUGCUUGUGGGACAAAAUCUUAGUGUCUUCCAGGGUGAGUUCGGGGGUGGAGAUGAGAGUGGUUGUGGUUUUAGCUCUUCUUUUCUGGGGAUUCAGUCAUGAGGUGGAGACAGAAUAUGGUGACAUUUUCGAUUGCGUUGACAUCAACAAACAACCAGAAUUAGAUCAUCAUUUGCUCAAGAAUCACAGAGUCCAAAAGAAACCAAGUGUCUUUCUCAAAGGAUUAGGGCCUAAGACUUCAGCCAAGACUCAUAGUUCAAAAAUUGGCCUUCCAGAUGGAGGGUGCCCAGAAGGGACAGUGCCCAUCAAAAGGAUCACGAAAAGAGACCUAAUAUGGAUGAAGUCCCUAAAAAGAAACACUACAAUAUUCCAUCCAAUGGAUGGAAACACUCCUGGUUACCAUGUAGGCCAUCUUUUCCAUCAGAAUCCUGAACCCGCUGCAAAUCAUCGGUCACACCGAGCCAUGAUAACUGUUUCAGGCGGUUCACCUGAUAAAUUGAAUGCGAUACAAGUUGGAUGGAUGGUGGAUAAAGAUGCAUACGGAGAUGGAGCAACUCGGAUGUUCAUCUUUUGGACAGCUGAUAAUUUCGUUAAUACAGGUUGUCGGGACCUCCUCUGUCCCGGGUUCGUACAAGUUGACGCAUCUGUGGCCCCAGGGAUGACUUUCUCCGAUCUUUCUACCGUUGAUGGACCUCAAUUUGACUACAAUUUUGCGAUUUUUAAGAUGAAUGCAACAGAUCGGAAUUGGUGGUUUAUGAGUUUGGGGGCUGAAACGAGAACAAUUGGUUACUGGCCUCAAGCCCUAUUUCCGAAUAUGAUCGAGAGCUUUCCCAACAUAGAAUGGGGUGGGUAUUUAUUCAAUGACCCUAAAACCACGACAUCUCCUCAAUUGGGUUCGGGGCGUUUCCCGAAGGAAGGAUACGGCAAAGCAGCUUACUUCAGAGAUAUCCAACUCAUGAGAAACACAGCUUUUGGAUUUGACACUCUAUCUACGGAAGAAGUGUCCACCUUUGCCGGCAACCCCGAUUGCUACAGAAUUGGAGAAAAAGCUGACUUACCAGGCUAUAAGGGCGAGCGAUGGCAACAGCUGGGGGAUAGAGUGGCAGCGACAACGGCAAUAUCUGAAGGGGGAGUGGGGGCGAGCGCAGGAUUUGAAGGGGUGAGCCAUCAGCACGUAAGCCCCGGCAUUGGGCUUCCGGAAGAGCUGGGAAGAGGGGGCGGCCACUACAGCUGGGGAGCGAGAAGUGAGCAGGGACAGGAUCUGGGAGGGGGGUUGGCUUUUGAACCGUUCAAUUCAUCAAAAACCGGAUCAGCCAGUUCAUUGGUUCUCCGGGUGGAGAUGAGGGUGGUAGUGGUUUUAGCUCUUCUUUUCUGGGCAAUCAGUCAUGAGGUGGAGGGAGGAAGGGAACUGGAAAGAGAAUUAAGGCGUCUGAACAAGCCAGCCAUCAAGAGCUUCCAGACAGAAUAUGGUGACAUUUUCGAUUGCGUUGACAUCAACAAACAACCAGCAUUAGAUCAUCCUUUGCUCAAGAAUCACAAAGUCCAAAAGAGACCAAGUGUCUUCCCCGAAGGGUUAGGGCAUAAAACUUCAGCCAAGACUCAAAGUUCGAUAAUUGGCCUUCCAGAUGGAGGGUGCCCAGAAGGGACAGUGCCCAUCAAACGAAUCACGCAAAGAGACCUAGUAUGGAUGAAGUCCCUAAAAGACAAUACUAAAAAUUUCCAUCCAGUGGAUGCCGAGACUCCUGGUUUUCAUCAAGCAUACACCAGGCAGUCUCCGGGUACAUAUUACGGAGCUCAAGGGGGAAUAUCCCUGCACAAGGAACCUGCUACAGACGAUCAGUCACACCGAUCCGUGAUAACUGUUUCAGGUGGUUCACCUGAUAAAUUGAAUGCCAUACAAGUUGGAUGGACGGUGAAUAAAGCAGCGUACGGUGAUGGAGCAACUCGGAUGUUCAUCUCUUGGACUGCCGAUAACUUCGGUAAAACAGGUUGCAGGGACCUUCUGUGUCCUGGAUUCGUACAAGUUGAUAAAUCUGUGGCUCCAGGCAUGGUUUUCCAGCAACUUUCUACCAUUGAUGGAGCUCAACAUGACUACUACUUCUCCAUUUUCCAGAAUAACAGCACGGAUGAGAAUUGGUGGCUUAUGGGUUGGCCAGAAGAGAAAAUAAUAGGUUACUGGCCUAAAACCCUAUUUCCAGAUAUGAAGGAGAGCUUUACCAGCCUAGAAUGGGGAGGGUAUGUACAAGUAAAGGACCCGAAUACAAAGGAAUAUCCUCAAAUGGGUUCAGGAGUUUUCCCGGAGGAAGGAUAUGGCAAAGCAGCAUACUUCAAAUUUAUUAAACUCGUGAAGAAUUCAGCAGGCGAAUUUCAAGAUGUUUCUCCUAAAGAAGUGGUCACCUUCAAUGAUCAACCAACUUGCUAUAGAGUUGGACCAAAGGCAGAGUUACUAUACUGGCCUGGAUAUCAUUUUUUCUAUGGAGGGCCUGGAGGAAAUUGUGGCCAUUGA